AUGGGCAGCAUAAAGACAGCUUUGGAUUUGAAUCUGCUGUCGCAAAUGACCGAGUACAUUUCAGAACCGUCUCUUCUUCUAUCCGAGUACCCAAUCGUAGGUAAUGACUGAAAGUAAUUUGUUUUGCAUCGGAAAUCACUUUUAAAGAAAGGUGUAAAAGCAAACUUUAGCAUUUUGUUAUUAAUUUUAAUUACGGCACAAUUAUGAAAACAUUGUAUUGUAAUAAGUUGGCAUGCUUUGGAGCGUGUUCCGAGAGAGAUUAUAUGUAUUGAAAUCUAGUUUGGCAGUUGUCCAGGCGACGCUAAGUGAAUGCAAAAUCGCUUGAUAUUAGCCGAGAUAUUAGCCAUGCAGAUUCCCACACGAAAGACGUUUAAUUAAAUCCAUUGUAAUCCUAUCAAAUAGCUGUAAUAGGCGACGUGACGUUAAGUUGCUAAAUGUCACAAUUAAUUAAAACAAGCCCUUCAUCCCGAUGAUUGUUUCUUUGCACAGGAACAAAAAGUGCUGAAUGAGCUGUUUGUCCUAUCGAGUUGCCAGCGUACAUUACAUACUGGAUUGGAGCCAGAGACAAGCACAGUCUAUAGAGGAAGGACAAACCAAACACAAGUUAGAGUUCGUCUAUUUCGCCGUGCGGAAGAAGCACUGAGAUUUCAGACGAGUAACUUCAUUGGCAUAUUGCUAUCAUCAGGUUGGCAAGUUGUAAUUUCGAUUGCAGUUUAAAAUAGUAAAAUACGUGUGGAUACAAGACAACCUUCUUAUCAUUAUUUGUCAUUUGUAGUAGUUCUUUAGAUACAGACGUAAUCACGAUCGAUAUUUUACAUUGAAAGACCAUCGACAACGAUUUCAAUUUUCUGGCAAGGUAAGCAUGCAUUUCAGAACUUCAGCAGUUAGUUAAUAUUGAUCAGUAUUUGCUUAGUAAUUUCAGCAGUUUCGGUUUGUUCUUGCCCUUGGCCUCAACGUCAAUCUACAUGUACAAAGCGCUCGCGAAAAGAAGCUUAUACGUUAUAAGCUGGGAUUAUGAUUUUGAAAUAUCUAUUUGGUUAUGCAACUGCGCGCUGCUUUUUAAUAAUUAUCCUUCUUCACAAAUAUGUUUGUGAAAUUUGAUAGCGCUGUUUUAUCUGAACUGUGGUCUCGACUUCAGUCGCCGCUUGAAAAUUUCUGGAAUAAAGUCACCAGAUCCAAAUUCAUUCUUGUAUUUCAUUCUUUCAAAUUACAGAUCGCGCGGUAUGAAUUCGGCUGUUGAAUCAGAACUACCUAAAUUGCGUCUUGAUACAAUAAUGUAAUAUUUUUCAUUAAUAAUACAAUAUUUUUCCUACGACUACGUAGGCCUAUAUACGAACAGCGAUCAAAUUUUCACAGUUAAUUAGCCGUCUAAGAAAUGCGCCAUAUAGAGCACUAAUUCUUGUUCCAUAAAUAACAUUCAAAUCGUACGUUUUAAACCUUUCUGCACUUAUUAAUUUAUAGACAAGUAGAAAAAAGUAUUUAUAGACAAGUAGAAAAAAGUGCGCCACGUAUUAGGAUGCCCCCUCAUUCCUCAACUCCCACGUAGUGUGCAGAACCUUCAGAAUAGUGAAAUUAUAGCCUAGACAGGAACGGACAGGAAUAUAGACAAUAUAGUCUAUACCAACUGACAAGAACAUCUACUGAACUGCAAUGAAGCAAUUCCAAAGAGAGUCAACGAGAUGACAAGACACAAUAUACUAUAAACAGCUAGUUCUUGAACUGAAGGAUUUUGUAAAUGGAAAUUGCGGGUGUAAAUUUUAUACAUUUAUUAAGACAUCGGCACAUUGAACCAGGAACAGCUUUGAAAUUAAAAAUACAACUUUAGGCCCACUGGCAGGAAUCGAAACUGCAGCCGCGCGAUUCCAGUGCAGCCGCGCUCUAGCCAAUACUCAAUAGACAAUUCCCAUUUACUGUAGACUAAUUUUAAAACUAGGCAAGGAAAUACAAAUAAAUCACCACAGUUAGAAAGAGGAUACUAAAUUAGUAAAAUUGCAAAGUUUGGUUGCGAAAUAUUGUAAAAUGCGGAAAAUAUUUUGCAAGGCUAUAUUUCCCGCAUUUUACAACAUUUCGCAACCAAACUUUGCAAUUUUACUCGCAUUUUUAAUAGUAUGCUCUUUCUAGCUGUGGUGAUUUAUUUGCAUCUCCUUCUCUGGUUUUAAAAUUAGUCUAUAAUAGGAAAUGUCUAUUGAGCUAUACAGAGUCCAGUUGCCGAGCUCUAACCACAAGUUAUUGUACUGAGCUAGCUAUACUAUAUAUAUUUAUAAUUUAUUAUAUAAAGACUGUAAACAUAAGUGUUAUAUAGAGUUUUUGGCCACUGAGAAAAAUCGUAUUUAAACAGUAGAAAAUACGAUAUUUUUACGUGUGAAAAUAUCAUUUGUUGUAAAACGCAUUGCCACGGACGUUUUAUUGUUUUUCACUGAAUUUUGUUUAUAUAAUAAACAGAAAAAUACGUGAGUGCGCGGAAAUCCCAGAUUUAUUUCUCGUGUUGAACAUGAUAUUUUUACGUGUGAAAAUAUCAUUUGUUGUAAAACGCAUUGCCACGGACGUUUUGUUGUUUUUCACUGAAUUUUGUUUAUACAAUAAACAGAAAAAUACAUGGGUGCGCGGAAAUACCAGAUUUAUUUCAAGUGUUGAACAUGUUCAACACUUGAAAUAAAUCUGGUAUUUCCGCGCACCCAUGUAUUAUUCUCUAUUUAUUAUAUAGUAGAGAGUGAGAUACUGAAAAAUACACAGUGACAUAUUUUCCAUAUCUUCUUCACCAGUGAGGAUAUCGAUCACGUGACUUUUCCAAUUUGCUUUUGAGCGUGAAAUUUCACAAUUUUUUGCUUGGGACUAUAUUAUAAUAAACAGAACAUUACACGGUGGCUUGAAGAUAUGACCUUUAUCUUCACGUGUUAAAAACAAUAUUUCAGAUAAAAGUCAUAUCUUCGCGCCGCCGUGUAAUAUCCUCUCUAUAGUGGCUGUUGCCAGUGUGACUGUAAGGUAAUGAGAUGGACUGUAAGAUUUUGGUCGUAUCGUGCUACUGUCUAUAACUAUGCUGAUCGAGGGGCUACCGUUGCAUAAUUGAUAGAAACUGACUUCCAAAUUCCGUCUAGUAAAAUUCAAAAGCAUUAAAAUUUAAAUUCGACGAAUUAAAUUGGACGGAAAUUCGACGUUUAAGACAGGCGUAAAUUGCCGCACAGAUAUUGCAUGAUGUUUGCUUAAUUAACUUUGACACGACAUCAGACAUGGAGUUCACUGCCUAGCUUCCAAACUUAUAAUCUCUCUUACAGUAUGUGGAUCACUUCAAAACGACUGAGCUAAAUUUGGUAACCCUCUUCACUUUUGCUGCGUAAUAUAAGUGCCAGUUGACAAGUACACAAUGAAAUGUGUACCUAGAGAGUUAAAACCUCGGCAAACAUCUUGAGACCUAACAGGAAAAGGAUGGGACGAACACUCCCAAAGAGGUGAUUUGAUAAUCCCGAAGCAAACAAGAGGAUUACUGAGAAAAACAAUGUUGGAAAAUUCUCAGGAAGUGAUCUUAAAAAGUAAUUUCAGAAUUCAAUAAUUAGUGUUUCCAGUCACACAUAUAUCUUGGGAGUAGAGUUGUUUCAGGAUCGGGAAAACAUACAGCUAAUGGAUGAGGUUUUUGUGAUAUCCACAAUCAUAUCAAGGUCCAGCUAUCGACUGACACUUGACUGAUAUCAUGAUUACUCGGGAUAUCCGCACAAAAACCGAAUUCAACUAUUCUAUAUUAUUCAUUGCAUUUUGCAUAUUCAUUGCAUAUUUAUUCAUUCUUUCGACAAACAAUGAUUUGUCGCACAAAACAGCAUUUGGUUCUCAAAAACAGCAGUAAAUAAUAUUUAUCAUAUAUUAUGAUUUAAAAUACGUGCAACCUGAAUAUCAGCAUAAAAAUAUUAGAAAACUCAUUUACCUAUACUAAAGUUUUGAUAAAAAUGUCACACAAGCACACCGUGACACAAGCUCGCCAACACUAAAGUUUGGGGAGCAGGGGUUUAAUUCAACUGAAAGCGCAACAUGAUUUAACAUGAAAUUUUUCACAAAGGUAGUCUCAACCAGUUAUGACUUAUGUGCAAAACUGUAGAAACACAGGGCCCGGCCUGGUGUCGUCGCUCUGCUCGUGAUCUGAUAGAACACAUGCAUGCGCUAUAACCUUUCGCAUCCUCUACUGUCCCUUGGGCUUGGUCCCAUAUUCAUCAACCUAUAUAUUUUUCGAAGUUAAUAUAUUCUUUUAUACAGAUGAUUACUUUCCUAAAGUUUUUAAUUAUAUCGGGUCUUAAACUGUACUACAUUUACAUGGUUAGGAUUAACACUGUAAUAAAUUCAUACUCCCAUGUAUUUCGCUCGGCGGUUCGGCGAUAGUGGUCCUGACUCGUCCCCAGUCCCACAUUGCGCGUUGAAUGAUGAGAAAUUAAGCACCCGCAGACCCGCUUAAUCGAUCCGGCUCGAAGAAAAUGUGAGGGGUUGUGGAACACUGGAAGAGUCAGAUGGUUAUCAUUGUUUGUCCGUUUAUAAGUAGUCUGCAGUGGCGGAAAUUCACUUUUUCCGGUGUGGGGGGGGGGGCAAAGCCUCCUAAAUUUCCGACAAAACUUUAAAAUUAAAAUUUUCGACGUCCCCCCCCCCUUCCCCCCCCCCUCAAUUUGCACUUGAAAAGACUGUUUUUAGCCCUCUUUUAGGUCAAAAUUUCCGAAAAUUCGGCAAUUUUCCGUGAAGGUGGGGGCGGCGGUCGAACCCCCCCCCCCGCCCCCACCAAGAUUUCCGCCACUGAUAGUCUGAGCAUGGAUAAUAAAAUAAAUGGAUAGGAAACUAGCUGACGUGACCUAAUGUUUUUACUGGGAUUGAUGGCGUGGUUGGAUGCCUCAACCUAGUUGAAAAUCAAAUUCUCAAAAACGGCAUGUUUAGCAAUAAUACAGCUAAACAUUUUAGUCAAAGAGCAAAUGAAUGUAACCACGCCAUUCUACGAUGAAAACUCUAAGUAUUCCCAGUCAAUUUUAGCAAAUAUUUCAAGCACUAAACAGUGAAAAAUACAUCGCAAAUUUCGUUAAAAUUUGUGACGCCAAUUUCGUAGCUACAAAUGUAAAAAAAUACAAAACAAAGACGAAAAACAUUUACCUUGAAUACUUUGUCGUGGCUUAGGCAUGUUUUUAAAACAAUUAGACCAGUUUACGCUUCAAGAUCACCCUUUUAAAGUGGAAAAUAUAGCAAAACAACAAAUAUGCCGAGAACUUUGGUAACAUUCGCAAUACGCGUGACGUCACGUUUUUCAACAAGGAUGCAGUCAAUGACGUCAGAAGUUUCCAAUCCAUUUAUUUUAUUAUCCAUGGUCUGAGUGACCGUUGUUGGUUGGAAAUCGAAAUAAGACCGUCGUUUUGAGUUUUAACCCUUGAAAUUUGGUACGAAAUUUCAAUUAGGUAAUUCAGAUUGAAACGUAAAACUGAAAUACAUAUUGUGUUAUUAACGUCGCAGCAACUGGGGUUCGAUUUUUGCCGUAGAGAAGAAUGCAAGGAGAGUGUUCUCACUGCCUAACAAUGGUUGCAUGCAUGAACAUGAUUCAUGAACGUAGCCAGUAUAUCUGAUGCACUCUAUAAAACAAGGCCGUCUGAAGUAAAUCAAUAUUGUGGUGGUGGUGGCGGUGGUGGUGGUGGUGGCGGUGGUGGUGGUGGUGGUGGUGGCGGUGGUGGUGGGUGGUGGUGGUGGUGGUGGUGGUGGGGUGGUGAGGUGGUGGUGGUGGUGGUGGUGGUGGUGGUGGGGCUGAAUUGCUUUCGCACUUUUUUAGUUCUUUUGUUUGCUUUGCUCAUACAAAUGGAAAUUAUUGGGUAGCCUACGUAUGCUAAGAAGGCUAAUUAUUGGGGGGAGGGAGGAGGCUCAAGCCCUCCCAGACCCCAGACCCCCUCCGCUUCCAACAGCCUUGCAAAAACACGUGAUUAAAUUAAGCAGGACUAUAGCCUGCGAACAGGCUCUCAAGCUGAAUUGAGAACCUGCAUCGAUGUAUGGACUGGGGUUAAAUUUAUUAAACUGGAAAUUUAACCAGGAACAUAAAGUUACACCAAACUUGUCUUUAGCUAGCAUUUAUCAGCGGGUUGAUUGCAUUUCACCGUUGUACCAUAGAAAUAAUAGACAGGGUCUAAUAUUUGUAUGAUUUGUACUCACAUACAGCUAAACAGUACGGAUUGGCAAUGGCGACUACUGUUAUAUGUAUAUGUUACGACUGCUAUAGAAACGUCUUUUCCCCAAAAAGCUGCUAUUACCAGCCAGCACUGUUAGGAAAUGUUGUGCUACAGCUAGUAUGUCAGUAUAUAUUAACUACUACAGUACCAGCACAACAUCAGCAUCCUACCAACCUCAGCCUGCCUUGUGGAGUGUUCCAAGUUUAACCUUCCUUGCGGGUGGUACCCGCAUACCCGCAGCAUUUUUGCAACUCUGACUGUCGGCGACUUAAAACAGUAUCGGUCUGAGACUCUGAGUCUAAUAACGCCGGUCAAGACAUAUCCCCACCAAUCUCCAUAAAUUUGCAUUCUUUUCAGACAUUCUUCACGAUGCAAACAGUUUGUUUAAGUAAUCAUUUUGGAUGUUUUGCAUAGUUUGCCUUGCAUUCUGAAAAAGUUGUGCGUUUUUUCGAACAAUUUCAAGGAUGUAAAACGGUUUCCAGAAUUUGUGCAUGUAUAUUGCAUGGAUAAUGACGAUGUCCCUUUCUCUCUCCAAUGAUACUUCUCAGUAUCAUUUUCAAUUUGAUUUGUGAAAGUAUCUCGGUUUACCAAAAGUCGUGUACAAACAGCGACAGUUAAAAUUAAAGGUAUUUCGAAACAAGAACGACAACUAUGUCGUAAUGUCAUAAUCCCUCGCUAUUUUUUCUAUUGAAAGUGCAAACAGUACGGAUUCAAACACGUUCGCAGACAUUGCGAAGCCCACAACAUCACAAAGUGAGAUUUCCGGUGUUUUGUGAGUAUGGCGGCUGCUGGACUUACUUCGCAGCAACUUUGAAUGAAUGCAAGCACAACGAUUAUUCGUUAGCUAUAAUUGUCAUGGUAACUUGGCACGGACCACUGCCGGCGACGCAGACUAUCAUUAAACAUAAUUAUAUAUUCUACACUCGUUAGAUUAUCAUAUUGUCAACUCUUUUAUUUAAGGUUGCAUCGGCAAGCUAAUAUCAAGUUCUUGCUCGUGGCAAGUGUUCUGCCGGCAGCAUCACCACUUCAACACGACUUACAAAGCGGAUUAUUAGUUCAUUAACACUGUCGAGAUCAAGUGCCGUACACCAACAAGAUUUUAUAUCACAGUUACUGCAGUUUCGUCGACGCCAUAACAGGUAUUUAAAUCGUUAAAUAUGUAGUUUCUUUUGUCUACUGUUUGAUGUUGUGAAAGCCGAACUUUGAAAAAAAACUUUAGAUUCACUUGCUGAUAUAAACUCCGUACAAUUACAGAGAUAGGCAAAAUAAGCCCCUAAACUAUUCCUAUAGAGUAUAGUAGAGUUGGGUAGCUAGUCUUAGUUUGGUCCGACUACCGUUCGUGUAUUUCAUAUACAAGUAAAAUAUCCGUCCCGACUUAUUUAUUCUUGAAAACACACCGCGUCUUGCAUAAAUACCGUUACACGAGCAAUUAUAGAAUACAAGGCUAAUCCAUAGCUUCAAUGUUGUUAAAAAAGAUCAUGAUUUCAAAUGAUGCCUGACCCUCAUGAACAAACCCUUCCCUAACCCUAACUUAUACUAUACAACCAAAUGUGAUCACAUAUAACCGGGUACUGAUGUACAUAGCUACAGUCACGAAGUCAUGUAAUAAUAAGGCAUGUCAGUUUCAAACAGUCUGGGCAUUCUGGAAUUAUGCCCCUCUACAGCUCCUGAAAAGAAUUUUUUAUCAUCUAUAUCCCGUGAUACUGUGUAUAGCCAAGCCCAAAGGGCAAGGUCAAAUUAUAGAUAUAAUGAUAUAUAAUUUAUAGGAAAACUUCGAACCGGAUCUUAAUUUUCUGAAAGAGAAGCAUCUACAAUCACUAUACUUGCUUUCCGAAAUAACUUUUAUUCUUCCUUUUGUUCCAAAUUACCUUUUAUAUAAUGACAUAUAAAUCAUACAAUGAAUUUUAGAUGACGCUAUACAGCGAGUCACUCCGCAAUGGACAUGCAAGCUGAAAAAAAAUUCUUGACCGCGGUGGGAAUCGAACCGACGACCCUUGAUUUGCUACUAGCUAGUCGAAUACUCAACCAAGCUACGCCGAAGUCCGUUUUCGGGAUUAAAUCUAGUUCCUUCGAUUCCCACCGGAGUCAAACUGUAUUGUCUAGCUUGCACAGUAUGAAGCGUCAUCAAAAAUCAUUCACUUGAUAUUGCCACUUCAAACACUACAAUCAUUAGAUUGAAUGAAUAUUUAAAUGAAUGCCUUUAAAUAUUGGCUUUUAUACUGUACUCUGUAGGUCAUCUUUAAUCUUAUAUGACGUACGUUUGAUACGAUUGUAUGGGCGAUUUGCACUAUCAAAGUUCCUGUGAUCACAGUAUAGGAAUUGUGCAUUGAAGGCACACUGAUUUUUUCCUACACUGAAAGUGCGAGACUCGGUGAGAAAUGACGACUUAACCCUGGUUCACACGAGUGAGAUAAACACAGGCAUGAGAAAUGACAAAAGGCGAAACUGACAAAGAAAUGCAAUGAAGCAUGCAUACGACCAUAUUGGCAUAUAUAGCCUCGCAUAACGGCUAAGGAAGGGAAACUCUAACCAUUUAUAAGGAAAACUGCCCGUUUUUGCCCGCUUUGUCUUUGCAAGUUGCAAAGGUGAAAUUUUCUUGUGUACAUGCAAGGUGUAUAAAAAAAUGUACACCUUUCAAAUUCAAAUUGAACGUACUAAUCUAUUGUAGUAAUUUGACAGCCGUAUAAUUUCUCGAAUUAAUGAAUGCGUGAAAACACAAGGUAUUCUGCACAUGGCCAUGGGAAUUUACUUUGUAUAUGAACAAAUACACAACUCAAAGAAAAAUGUUUAAAUUAAGCAUUAUAUUCAAGUCUGCAUAUAAGAUAUAAAAAGGGCCAGCUUACUGCAGAGCAACGAAUAUUUAAAAGCCUAAGGUUAUGGCUAUAAUUUGAAUUUGAAAGGGUGUACAUUUUUUUUAUACACCCUGUAUUUUUGCUUAUGCUUUGAACCAGACUUUAUAUUCUGCUUAUUUUUAAAGCCAGAAAUUGUUUAUACCCAUGCAAUGCGUCAUGCCUGUUACGUGGCUCCUACCUAGUAUAGCUACAUGCCAUGCCCAUAAAGUAAAUUCUUUUAAUUUAAAAGAAACGUUUGUUCAGCUUCUCACCUCUUUUUGAGAUAUUUCCGUUCGUUUGAUAUGCGGUAUAAACUAUAGAAAUAAUGAUUUAUCAAACUGAUAGAGACUAUUUUAAUUAAGAUGUUCUUAAUAUAAGACAAGUUGUAUACUGUAUAUUUGUGGUUGGACAUUUGGAGUUUAUGUAUAGAUAUAGGUCAUUAAUUAAGGAGCUUCAGUAUAUACGAGAUGUCCCCAUGCACAAAAAAGGCAAUACCUGCAUAUGUCCCAGAGUUUUAGUAUUAGUGCAGGGCAUCGAGGCAAUUGAAAUCAUGCGUCAGUUGCGUAAAGGUGAUAUAUGUUUGAUGCUCAUCUAUUAGUUUGAAUUUUCAAUGCUAGCCUAUAGUAAUAAAUAACUGUGCGAGAUCUGUCAUCUGGAACACAGCUAUUGCAUCCUCGUUUAAGAUCGUCGGAUUCAUGAUCAAAGCUGGUUCGAACCAACAUAUCUAUAAGCCAUAUAUACAACACACAGUAUAGUCUCGUUCCUGACCAUACUUUGUCGGUUCUCUGAUAAGGCACGUAUAUUAUGUUCAAGGCAAAUUAAGUUAUCACGUUCACGUUGGACGACUCGUGCAGCGUUAUGCUAUAUAUACUGUAUAUCGCAAACUCACACUCUUAAUCUUAUUAUUAGAAUAAAACGUUUAAGUUUCUAGAAUUACCUGUUGGAAGCGGUUAUAGGAUUGUUUUCACGCAAAGAUUGUGAAAACAAAAAAAAAACACGGCAUGAAUAAUUUUACGCUGCGUUGCACUUUACAGCGUCAUUUUUAAUUAAAUCCAGGCGGUCUUUGUGUAUUUCACUUUUAGUUUUGAAAGAUUAAUUUGUAAAGCUUGGUUUACACUAUCAAAAUUUCUUUGCUCACAGUAGGUAGCCAUUUUGCGUAGACAUAUCUACGUUUUGAAGGAUUUAUAAGAAAUUAUUAAAAAAAAUAAAAAAUGUCAUCAAGUUUAGAUUAGUGUCAGAUAAAGAUUAGAUUAUAGGGUUAGAUUAAGAUUAUGUUAGGGUUAGUGUUCAACAUGUGUCGCGAAUUUAUCAUAUUGAUAAUUUCGGUCGUGUUUAACAAUUUACUCAUAGUAAAUUCAAAGGUGGAGUGAGUGCUGAUAUAUCAUGCUUUUUGAGUCGAUUUAAAAUUUGAUGUUAACUAUUGAACUUUAUCAAAACCAAAUAGGAAAAGAGCAGGUCAGAGUUACUCAGUACAAAAAAAAUUGAGGCUUAAUAUUGAAAACUACAGUAUGGUUGUGAUACUAUUUUUAAAAACAACAUGAACUUCGAAAUUUUCUGUUUUUAGACGAAACGACGCUAAUGUCACGCAGUUACUAGCUGAUGUUUUGACUCAAAAAGCGUGAUAAGGGGCGGACCAUUAGAAAGUGAUUGGGGGACUUUAUUAACUUGUACGAAUAUUUUUUAAAUAUUUUUUGCUUGUGUCGAUAAUUUUUUUUUAAUAAUAUAAUCCCUUGCACGAAUUGAUAUGAUGUGAUAUGAAUAUAUCUGUCCGCGGUUGGCAUUGGCAGUUGUUGAAGGGAUUUGGAGAUGAAAAUUUCCAUUGGAAUUUUAUACAUUUAGAGCAGUUGCGAAACUAUCGGACAUCUCACUGGAAGACAGUGUCCUCUACCCCUUAGUCUGUAUGACGUAUGGGUUCGCAGACUAUAUCUAUCCCUGAGACUGCGGCUCGAUUUUUAUACAGUGUCCAUGUACAAUUGAUUAUUAAUUUCAUCUCAGUCGCAUGCUGGAAGAAUUAGAGUACCGUUCAGUUUGACUUUAUUUAUGCAUGCAGAAAGGUUAGUAUUCCAAAAGCAAAACCUAAAGUAGUAGAAACAAGACAAUUCAAGCACUUUAACAUUAACAAUUUCCAGCAAGACCUUAACCAAGCACUUAACUCAACUUUGUUUUACAAUUGCACUGAUGCAAAUACUGCCUGGUACACAUGGAAGGAAAUAUUUUUGGAAAUUGCUGACAUUCAUGCCCCAUUACUAAAAAGAAAGGUAAAAAGUGAAUAUAACCCUUGGAUGACAAACGAAAUUAAGAAUAUGAGCUAUCAUAGAGAUUUUCUAAAGAGAAAAGCAAUUAAACAUAAUUCGACAAUAUAUCAUGAACUAUACAAGAAUUGCAGAAAUCGUGUUAACAAUCUUAUUAAAGAUAUAUUAAAGCUAUAUACUUUAAGAACAAGCUAGAAAGUACUAUGAACAGUAAGGAAGGAUGGAGAACAAUCAAUUUACUAUUGAACAAAAAAUCUAAGUCCACAUUAAUUAACGAAUUAAAAGUUGGGGAUAGUAUAGUUACUGGUGAAAAAAAAUAUUGCAACAGCAUUCGACAACAAUUAUUUUUCUACAAUUGGUGGAAAAUUGAGUGAGAAUUUAUCUUGCAACAAUACCGACCCUCUUAACUAGGUGACACCAGUGACUGAGGUAUUCGAGCUAAAUUAUAUAACAAUGGAUAAAUUAAGAUGCGAGAUAUUCAAAGCAAAAGCCGGGAAAUCAACAGGUUUGGAUAAAAUUUCAAAUAAACUACUAAAAGCAGCCGGGGAGACCAUUAUCGGCUCCUUAAGUCAAAUUUUUAAUCUAUCUAUCGAUACCGGAAUUUUUCCAGACGAUUUGAAACACACUAAGGUAACCCCUCUUUACAAAUCAGGGGACAAGAUGGAUUGCGAUAAUUACAGACCUAUCUCAGUAACAUCAGCAGUAGCAAAAAUUUUUGAAAAGCUGGUUUCUAGGCAACUAAAUAAUUUUUUUAGAAUUUCAUCAGAUAGUAUCCACAAAUCAAUCUGGAUUUCGCACUAAACACACCACAGAGACUGCACUCUUAUAUUCUGUAAAUCAAUGUCUUGUAAAUAUGGACCAUGCAGGGCCUUAUUAAUGGUCUACUGUUUCUUGAUCUCAAAAAAGCAUUUGACACUGCAUGUGGACCACAACAUACUCAUUUCAAAAUUAGAGCCUUGCGGAGUACGAGGAAAAGCAUUACAAUGGUUUAUUUCAUAUCUGAAAGGGAGAAAGCAAGUUUGCAAAAUUAAUCACGAAAUAUCAGAUGGAGCUACAAUUACUUGCGUAAUGUCCCUCAGGGUUCAAAUCUAGGACCACUGCUUUUCUUACUUUACAUCAAUGACUUACCAAAUUGCUUAAGGUCUACAAAAGCAUCAAUGUUUGCAGAUGACACUAAUAUAUCCUGUGACGGAAAAUUAGCAACUGACAUUCAACAAAAAAUUAACUCAGACUUGAACAGUGUUCAUAAUUGGCUAUUAGCUAACAAACUAACUUUAAGUGCUGAGAAAACAGAAUAUAUGAUUGUUGGUUCGAGACAAAGGCUUAACGAAAUAAAUUCAGAUCCUGACAUAUUAAUAGGAGAUCAUAUGAUAAAGAGAGUUUCUAACAAAAAAUUCCUAGGAGUGGUUCUUGACGAACAACUUAAUUGGCAUAACCAUACAGAUAAUCAAUGGGCAAAAAUUUCUAAAAACAUUGAUUGCACUUUUGAGAAGAGCAAAAAGUUUUCUGACAGAAAAUGCCCUUAUUACAAUGUACAUGCAAUUCACUAGUCCUACCACAUUUCACUUACUGCUCAACAGUUUGGCACAACGGAAAUAUCACCCACAUUGACAAAUUAAGUAAAUUACAAAAAAGAGCAGCACGUGUUAUCACUAACUCAGGGUAUGACAUAAGAUCAACAGAGAUCUUAAAUAGAUUGAAUUGGGAGCCCAUUGCAAAUAUCCUCGAACAACGUGAACAAACAGUGACAUUUAAGGCAAUUAACAAAAUGACACCAAAAUAUUUAACAGAAAUGUUUACUAUGUCCCAGAACGACAAUUAUGCAUUGAGAAGUAACGAACGAAAACUUCACUUAUCAAAACCAAACACUAACUUCCUUAAGAAAAGUUUUUCCUACCGCGCAGCAGUGUCAUGGAAUAAACUUCCAAACGAAAUUCUCGAGGAACAUGAGCAUCUUUCAAUGAAUCAGUUCAAAAGGCUUAUUAAAUUAAUUAAAAAUUGCUAAGAUAGCGAAAUUUUCCCGAAAUUUUAUCGAAUGUUUACUUGCAAUGUAAGGUCGUUAUGCAUGUUGUACUUCAAUUUGAAUAAAUGUUAGUGCAUGUGUUAUACUUUAGGUUUAGAUUUAGUUUUAUAUCUUUUUAAUAGUUUUAGACCACGGCCCUUUGAAAAACAGGCAACUGAAAGGUUACCGUGGAUAAAUAUGUUUAAAUAAUAAAAGCAUCUUGUGCGGUAGUAUAUAUUGGACCGGUAAAAAAUGCCCUUAAAACUUAAUACUUGACAGAGCCAAGUUCAAGUGUAAUAAAAAUUAAUGUUUAUAAUUCAAUAUAUUUAGCUGGUCAGUUUUUAAAACCAGUACUAUUAUAUCAAUAAUAUUGCAAAUCAUCGAUUGGGAAUGUCAAUCCUCCCCCUAGACUUGGAUCAAGUCCGUCUCUCUAGAGAGACGGACUUGAUCCAAGUCUAUCCUCCCCCAUGCCGUUGUCCAUUUAUUGCUCUGGGGACCGGCUGUCAUCGACCUGGCGUUAGCUUAACCCUAUAGAUUAACUAAAAUUCAAAGAAAACUUAUCCAACAACUUGUUAUAAACUUUGUUUGUUUAUAAACUUGGAAAUAUUUCUUCAGAAAUCCCGCUUUGUGAAUCAAUACCAGAACCCGCUUUUCUUUUCUGACGUUUUGAAUUAGACGGGCGUGGCAAGAUACACACGCACAACUAAAACACCGGGUUAAAUUUUAACCCAGGAUUAGGGAUCGGAUAAUAUCAUAAUCCAGCUGUGAAGAACCAGGCCUGAUCUUUCCAGGCAGCCUCAAGAAUAUACUGUAUAUUAUAAUACAGCGGCAAAGCAUUUCACGUUAUCCAACAUAGUAUUAUUUGAUUGUGAAGAAUGGAGUAAACAGUGACGCCGGCAAGUUUUUUUUUAGGGGGGGGGGGCAAUGAGCCAAAAUGAAUUUCGCUGGCGAAGGGGAAAAUAGGUAAUGCAUGAUUUUCCCUUGUUAGAUUAUUUAAUCAUCGUAAUACCACUUAUUUAACAUUUUUCUACUGUGGAAUAACUUAAUGACUUUGAUUAGAAAUAAUCGUUUAAUAUGAACUUUAAUAAACGGUGUCAACAAAAAACACUCCGAGUAAAGAGCAUUUUAGGUAUAUAUUAUAGGCUGCUGAACUGCAUGCUGCUAAGUGGCCUGACUCCUGAGUUGCCUUGAGUGUCGAAAUCUGCAUCGUUACGUUAUGCGAGCUCUCAAGUCGUACGUACAUGUGUAUGCGUGUGCUUGAAUUUCAAAAGAUUUUUUUAUACAGUAUUUCAUGCAUCAUAAAUUAUGAUUCAUAAUUACAUAGCAACUGUUAGAGUUGUCUUAUUAUUCAGAGUGAGGUCGUGUGAAAAUGAGAUGAAGCAUGAAAAAUAAUAAAAGGAGCAAGGGUUAUCAAAGUUUGACGCAAUUCCGUGAUAAGAUCUCGACUAUAAGUGCCUGAGAACGUGCACUCAAGCUUGCAUGAUAUUGUAUUUGAACCAUAUGUAAUUCCGUUACAGCUGCAUCAUCCUAAUUAUUGCAUUCCAUAUGUUUCAGGAUUGACAUUGCCUGCAAAAAAGACGAAAGAGAAUCAGUUCAAGAUUUGUGAUAUCGACACACAACAGAGUUUUAUUUAA